GACGCUGCGCAUGCGCGCCUCGGGAAGGCACCGCCCAGAACCAGCCGCCGGGCUCGAAACCCCGCUAAGUGGGGCGCAGGCCACCAGGACCACUUCCGGAUUUCAGGUACGACGUUUACUCCGGCUGUUCCUGGGAGGACUUGGGGCUGGAGAUACUGAGGAUUUUUCAGUGUUGCCUCCACAGGGCCACCAUCGUCUCCUCCUGUGCCCUAGAUUUCCUCCCCAAAGACCCUUUCUCACAAAGUGGGCCUUUCUCUUUUGCUAUAUGAUUGCAGCCUUGCCAAUGGACCUUAUAGGUUUCGGUUAUGCAGCCUUUGUGACAUUUGGAAGUAUUGUGGGAUAUAAGCGGAGAGGUGGUGUUCCGUCUUUGAUUGCUGGUCUCUUUGUUGGAUUUUUGGCUGGCUAUGGAGCUUACCGUGUCUCCAAUGACAAGCGAGAUGUCAAAGUGUCUUUGUUUGCAGCUUUCUUUCUGGCCACCAUAAUGGGUGUACGGUUUAAGAGAUCCAAGAAAAUAGUCCCAGCCGGGCUGGUGGCAGGCUUAAGCCUCAUGAUGAUUCUAAGACUUGUCCUACUGCUGCUCUGAGAAUCCGGAGGAACUGAAAGCUGAAUUGAUGUCAUUCUACACUAAUGGGCAGAGCACACUCCUGGAAUUCAGAAGAUAAAUUUCAGUAUGGAAUGUCAAGAUUUUUAUUUAAUACUAGAAACAAAAGAAAUGCUGUCACCUCUAAUAUGAACACCAGUCUGCGGUGGUGUUGUUCUGUUUUUGAACAAAACUUUGUUUUCUAAUUGUCAGGUACUGUUUUCAUUAAGGGCAUUUAAUAGUCUGGCCA